GUGGUGAAAAACAAGAAAAAAAAAUAUUCUGAACCAAUGGACUGCAGAAAAACACAGUACAGUGGGAUGACCAGAGACUGCGGACACAGUACAUGAGAUGACCAGAGACUGCGGACACAGUACAGGAGAUGACCAGAGACCUGCAGAAACAGUACAGGAGAUGACCAGAGACUGCGGACACAGUACAGGGAAUGACCAGAGACUGCCGACACAGUGCAGGGGAUGACCAGAGACUGCGGACCACAGUGCAGGGGAUGACCAGAGACUGCGGACACAGUGCAGGAGAUGACCAGAGACUGCGACACAGUACGUCAGGGAAUGACCAGAGACUGCGGACAGUGCAGGGGAUGACCAGAGACUGCAGACAGUGCAGGGGAUGACCAGAGACUGCGGACACAGUGCAGGAAAUGACCAGAGACUGCGGACACAGUACAGG